AUGACGACACACAACUCCAACGCGUAUCCUCCCGAGUACUUCGGCGGUCUCGAGGUGGACACGCGACAGUCGCCCGGAGCCGGAACCGGAGGAUGGAACGCCGACGACUUGUCCAAGUUCCGGGUCGCGGACCAGAACCCGAGCAGCUUGCCACAGGUUCACAAUCCCGACCUGCCGGAGGUCGCGGCUUACCACGGACACGACUACUCGAUGCCGCAAGCCGUGAACGGCUCCGGAGCGCCGGCCGAAUACGCUUACCAACAGGGCUACUACGCCCCGAAAGACAACGAGGGGUCCCCGGCGGUCGUUACCGAAGAGAUAAAGGAGAAGAAGCCGCCCGGCACGAUAUGCGGCAUGCGAAGGAAGGUGUUCUGGAUCGUUCUGGCUAUUGCGAUUAUCGUGGUAAUCGGUGCCGCAGUCGGAGGAGGCGUUGCCGGCUCUGCGGCGGCCUCGAAUAAUGCCCAGCAAGACAGCUCAUCAUCGAGCGGAUCGGGCAGCGGCAGUGGAAGUGGGAGCGGAAGCGGGAGUGGAAGCGGGAGCGGUGAUAGCAGCAGUGGUGGAAGUGGUAGCUCUGGCGAUUCAAACAACUCGACGGGUGCCAUCUUGCCGACCACCAACAUCGGCUCCCUCAACUUCACCGACCAGUACGGCUUUGAAAACCACAUGGUCUUCUUCCAACUUCGUACGAAGCAGAUCUGGCAGUCGUACUGGAAUUCAUCCACCAAUAUCUGGACUUCAGCCGAUGGCAAGGUCGAGGAUACCGUGAAAGAGGGCACGCCAAUCUCGAACAGUCUGUUCUGGCACAGCAAGACCGGACGCGACAUUCGUAUCUACUACCUGAACGAGAACAACAAAGUCAUGGGCCAGAUCAACGCCAAACCGGUCGAAGGCCUCACCUGGGACAAGUCGGGUGUCUCGGACACAUUUACCGCUGCCGCGUCAUCCCAGCUACUCUCCAAUGGACUAUACUCUCCCGACUCAUACCUCUCCAACCUGGUUCUCUACCAAGACACCAGCAACUCAAUCAAUGUUCUCCGCCGAACAGGUGGUAACACCGAUUGGACGGCCACGGCUAUCUCUACAAGCUUUGGCAAACCUGCCGCCGGCACUGGCCUUUCGUUCAUCCCCAUUUCUACGACCGAAGAAGCGAAGAACAUGAACCUCUUCUACGUCUCUGAAGCGGGCUCUCUAAUUGGCCUGAAUUUGACUGGUGUCAACGACUGGACUGGCCAGACGCUCCCCACGACAGUCGAGACGAACUCUUCCAUCGCGGCGUUCUCAUCUGGCUAUAACAACACAGAUCUUACGAUACACGUAUUGGCGACGCAGACAGAUAAGCCGCCUGUGCUGACGACGUUUUCGGGCGGAGAGUGGAAAUCCGCAGGCGAGAUCGAGAGUAUGUCGGGAGACGACAGGCCGAUCAAGAUUGCCGCCAACCAGGGAGGCAGGGUGUACGGUGUUGUGGAGAGGAACAGCAGCAGUGUCGAAAUCGUCGAAUGGGAGUGGACGGGCGGCACAACAUAUAACAAGAUUGGCACGGUGAACGUGGUAACAUAA